UAAAUAUAAUGUUUUCAAAUAUUGUUAAUAUUUUCGAUAGUUUAACUACGAAGUCAUUAUGUAAAACAAUUUUCAUUGUUUUUAUUAAUUACAUCGUCAUUUAUGUUAAGACUGCCGAUCUUUCAGAAAACCUUUCUGAAGAUGCUUUUAAUUAUAGUGAAUAUUUUAAUAACGAAACCACGGAAACAAUAAAUUUUAAUCAAAGUCUUGAAUUAUUUAAUGUUACUAACAUUACGUUUAGCAAUUUAACGGAUGAAACUAACUCAAAUAGUUCUGAUCUUGUUGUUACUGAGGAAAAGACUGAUGUGAAUCAAAAUUAUUUGUCAUUUACUACAUCUGAUGAAGAUAUAUGUUCUUGCGAUUUAAGUACAAAUGUCUGUGAUAUCAACUGCUGCUGCGAUGCAGACUGCAGUGAGGAGGACAUAAAAGUUUUUUCAAAAUGCCUUUUUCAAUCUUUAAAUCCUGAUCCAAAUUAUUGUUACCAGAAUGACAUUAUUUACAGAAAUAAUACAAUUUAUAAAAUGCAAAAGGACCCUGAAAGUUCAUUGUUUUGUAUAAUUCAUGAUAAUCUAAAACGACAUCUUCUUUUCAAAGAGUUACCAACUAUAAAAUCUCAUAGGGAUUUAGAUUUAUUAUUGAAAUAUCAGUCUAAAUAUAUUAAUUCAUGGACAGAUGAACAGAAGCCGGAUGAACCUAUCCUUAAGGAAUUGAAAGCAGGAAGCCCACUUUAUAUUGAUACCAUUUCAGAGGAAUCCAAAAUUUCUAGGAUACCUUGGAGUCUUCCAUCUUCUUGCUUCACUAGAAUGUGUUCUUGCCAUCAUGAAAUAAAAUAUUUGGAAGAUUUUAAUUCACUUUGCUCUCGACAGAUCCAUAACUUAAAAGAUGAAUGUGAAAAAAAUAAAUAUCUAUCUGCAGAAAUUUAUACCAACUUCUGCAUUAAACCACAUACCUUGCUUCAGGGCCUUCAUAAUCGAUUGAAAGAUCUUAUUUUGCAUACCAAAGAAAUUAAUUCAGAUAAUGAGCUCUAUGAACAAGCAAAUUCACUAUGUGUUAGGAAUAAUUUUUUAAAACCACAAUAUUCUACCUUGAAAAACAUUUGUUCCCAAGUUGUCAGUGGAAUUCAUUUCACUGUUAUACAUAAUGGUUUGAGUGGUAUUCAUAAUAUCAAUGUGAAUUUUGAAUACAUUGAUUUAGAUUCCCACACUGAAGCUUUUCUCCAACAUUUCAGCAUCAUUUUUGAAUGGAACAAUACAACAGAUACUAGAAAGAGAAGUGGAAAUCCUGGAUAUCAAGUGGGCCUACCUAUACUUGUAGGAACUAACAAUACAGUACUUCAAUUGGAUGAUAUAUUUGAAAUUAAAAUUGAACCCAAUGGAUUAAGUGUUUUAGAUAAAGAUCAGAAUAGUUUAUGCAGUAAGAACCGUAGAUCCGUGAAAUUCGGCAAAAAUCUAAAAACAGGCUGCAUUUUUACAUUUUCUAAUUUGAUUUGCAAAGAUUUACAGGAACAAAUUCAAAAUAAUCUUCUGGGACCAACUAAAAAACAAGUUUUUAUUGGUGUUUUUGGAAAUGCAAAUGAGAGUAAUAUUGAUGACUGGAUUGAAGCGUACCAUGAGUAUUCCGAAAUACCUCACUCAAACAAAACUUGUCCUGUAAUCACAGAUUUGAGAAUCAAUGUUGUUUAUGCAGCUGUAGGGACAGUAGUUAAUCCUCAGUUUAAAAUCCUUGGUGUGGGUUAUCAUUAUGGAAAACCAAAAAUAGUUGAUUUACCUUGUUCAGCAUGUCCUUAUUUAAAGCUUUCAACUUCUGUUUCAUUCUUUGAUGUUACUGAACCAGCAAUUGCUCAUUAUCCUAAAGCUCCAUCCAUCAAAAUUAAUUUACCAAAUGAUUUCUUUUACCCAUUUCUUUAUGGAAAAGGGAUAAAACACACAGUUAAUAUAAAUCUAGUAAUCAUGUUUCUGUUUAUUUUUAUUAUAAUAGCAUAAUUUGCUACCAGAUUCAAAAAUGAACCACUUUAAAUGCACAAUAUAGAUAUAUUUAUAACGAAAUUCAUCAUCACCGUAAACAAAUCUGCACUAAGUCAUCGUAUUAAUAAACUUUUAUUUUUGUUAUUGAAUAUAUGUAGACUAUGUUAUUUUGAGAAUUUCAAUGUUUUUCUCCAUAAAACUACUUACUGUUAUUCUCUACAGUUUUAUGAUUUUUGAGAUUACUGGAAAUUACUCAAUUCUAUGCAUCAAUCACUUUGCAAGCCCAAAUGCAAUUUUAUCUUAAAUUUUAUAUAGAAGUACUAGUCAUUUUGAAUGUGUCAUAUUUUUGCAGCUAUUUUAAUAAAGACUUUUUUUUUAUC